AUGGAUUCCGUGAAAGAUAGAAGGCGAGACGAGGCCCGAGCAAGGCCUGAACAUACUUCAAGGGACUAUUCCUCGAGAGCCACUACUGAACCUCACAUAUCCUCUGACAAUGCGGUGGUCGAACCUGCGACGUUACCUCGAGACCAGCCUUCAGUCACGAAUGUCUCCAUGUCCGGCGAGCGUGCACACCCUGAUUCAUAUCAGAGUUCUCACCACUUGAUUCGUCAAUGCUCUCAGGAUAGGCAGCAUGAUCUCCAAGGGAUCGGUGCGCAAUUUGAGACGUCUUUGGACGAUUUCCGCCAAACACUUUCGGCGGAUCUCCCACCGUUUCUAGGCCUCACAAGUGACUGCCCAUAUUACUCUCAGCUACUGCGAUCUGAUUUGCAAGGUGAGGGUACUUCUGCAUUAUCUCAAGGAAAGGAUGCAGCCACCUACCAAUCAGACGAUCAAUGCCAUGUGACGAAACAAGGUUGUUGGUGCAGGCAUAAUUUGUGA